AUGGAUGAGGUUGCUGGUGGUGGAUACAGCAGCAAUCGGAUCGAAUGCGAAUGGAUCGAAUACGAAUGGCAGGAGUUGUGGAUGUUGAGCGAAUCGUCCGCGGUCGUCGUCGUUGCAGCAGGAACCGAGCACAACACACAUGCACACACAGGCAGGCAGCAUGAAGGCAACGUAGGCCGACCGACCGACCGACGGAGGACGGACGGACGGACAGACGGACGACUCGCUCGCUCUCCUUCGAAACGCACAACUGAGCCUUCUUCGUUAAAUCCAGGAAAUUUCCGCGAUUUUUCAGGCAUGUUGUCGGCUCUGCGUACUUUAGUUGCGCGACCGACGCGUCAGCUUGUCGUAAGAAGCGUUACCACGGAACCAGGUGAAGCACCUAAGGGAAUGGCUACCACAGGCACUCCAUUCGUGAAGACAUCAUCUGCCGGAGAAUAUGCAAUGGCUCGAAUUGAUGAUGUGAUGAAUAUGGUCCAACGUACGUCGUUAUGGCCUCUCACAUUCGGUUUGGCGUGUUGUGCCAUUGAAAUGAUGCAUUUCGCUGCUCCACGAUACGAUAUGGAUCGCUACGGUGUGGUAUUCCGAGCUUCUCCAAGACAGACCGACCUAAUUUUCGUUGCUGGGACUGUAACGAACAAAAUGGCCCCGGCGCUUCGAAGAGUCUACGAUCAGAUGCCAGAGGCUAAAUGGGUAAUUUCCAUGGGCUCAUGUGCCAACGGCGGUGGUUACUAUCAUUAUGCGUAUUCAGUACUACGUGGAUGUGAUCGUGUGAUCCCCGUCGAUAUUUACGUUCCUGGAUGUCCGCCUACUGCUGAGGCUUUGCUUUACGGCGUAUUGCAGCUACAGAAGAAAAUCAAACGAAAGCGUGAGGCUCAACUUUGGUACAGACGAUGA